AUGUUGCUCCUCAAGGCCGUUAUUGCCGUCCUUUCGGCUCUCCCUGCUGCUGAUGCCGCAGCCAUCCUUAACGUCAGAAACAAGAAGGAUAUCAUCACUGAUUCCUACAUUGUGGUCUUGAAAAAUGACAUUUCCACCGAAGAUUUCAAGUCUCAUGUAGCCUGGGCUACUGGUGUCCACAAUGCCAAUGUGGCUAAACGGGAUAUCCCUCUUGCUGGUAUGGAACGUACCUUUGAGAUGGACAUCUUCAAGGGAUACAGCGGUGCCUUCGACCGGGCAACCGUGGAUGACCUGCUCAAAAAUGACAAGGUAGCCUACAUUGAGCCUGAUCGCAUGGCAAGCCUCCAAGGUUGGUCUACCCAACAACACGCUCCAUCCUGGGGUCUUGGGCGAAUCUCUCACGAGCAGCGAGGCAAUUUUGAUUACGUAUUCGACUCUAGCGCUGGCGAGGGUAUAACCAUCUACGGUGUUGAUUCUGGCAUCGAUAUCAAUCAUGAGGAGUUUGGUGGUCGUGCUUACUGGGGUGCUAAUUUCGUUGACGAUGUUGAUUUCGAUCAGCACGGCCACGGAACUCAUACUGCAGGCACUUUCGGUGGAUCUUUCCAUGGAGUUGCUAAGAAGGCAAACCUGGUCGCAGUCAAGGUCCUUAACGCGCAGGGCAAGGGACCAUGGAGUGGUAUGAUCGAUGGGCUCCAGUGGGUUGUCAAUGAUGCCAGGAACAGAGGUCUUCUCGGCAGGGCAGUUAUCAACUUCAGCGUUGGCGGUGACAUUAUGACAUCUGUCAAUAAUGCUUUGACCGCAGCCCAUAACGCUGGUGUUUUUGUGUCGGCUGCUGCUGGAAACGAUGGUGAUGAUGCUCUGAACUACACUCCAGGUACUGCUGACGAUAUCUGUGUGAUUGGCAACAUGAACGAAAACGAUUACAGAUGGACUGGCCCUGGAGCGUCUAACUGGGGAAGCAGAAUCGAUCUCUGGGCUCCCGGUACCAAUAUCCAGUCUGCCCUUCCCAACGGAGGAUACGGAGGAAUGACCGGGACUUCCAUGGCUGCUCCCCAUGUCGCUGGUUCGGUCGCCGUCCUCAUGUCGUCCCGAGGAGUUAGCGUGGGCGAUGCCUGCAACGUCCUCAAGGAUAUGGCAACUCCCUCCAUCUUCGAACCCGGUCCCGGCUCAACCAACAGGCUUCUCUACAACGGCUCUGGCCAGUAG